CUUGCCACUUCUUUGACAUUUUGUCAUUGACAGUGUCUGAGGCGUGCCGGAAUGGAGGCUCGUACCAGAUUAUUUGUUGGCACAAUCCUCGUGUCUGUCUACUGUUUACGAGGAGUGGCUGGCCAAUACGCGGCUUUACCACUGAGGAAGAAACUUCUGGAGAAUUAUGACCGCCGUGUCCGGCCUGUCCUGGACCAGAGCACGACGGUCAGGCUGGACGUGGACGUGGCGCUGAGGCAAGUCGUGGAUCUGAACGAAUUACAGGAAGUCUUCACAACGCUGAUGUGGCUACGAUUAUACUGGACAGAUGAAUUACUGCAAUGGAACACCUCACAAUAUGACGGCCUUACCACGACGACAUUCCAUUCUUCAGAAGUUUGGAGGCCGGAUAUCUUCCUCAUCAACAAUAUCGGACAGGGAUCAGGAAACCUGCUGCCAGUCACCGACGUCAGCGUGUCCAGUGAAGGGCGUGUCGCCUGGCGACAACCUAGCCUGUUCAGCAGCUCCUGCAAAGUGGACGUCAGUCAGUUUCCUUAUGAUGAACAGACCUGCAUUUUAGAAUUUUCUUCCUGGCUCUAUGGCGGCAAUGACUUAGAUCUCUUCAACAUCUCGGCCACCAUGGAUCUGACAGCAUUCCAACAGAACGACCAGUUUGAAGUGACACAUACUAAAGUAGAGAGAAAGGUGACGUUCUAUGCCUGCUGCCCAGGCCCGUGGCCCAGUAUCGAGCUGCACAUCCAUCUGAAGCGACGCCGCCUGUUCUACAUCGUGAACAUGGUGGUUCCGUGUUUGGACCUGUUGAUGCUUAAUCUGGCGGCCUUCUACAUCCCACCUGACAGCGGUGAGAGGCUGGGUUUUACCAUCACGGUCCUCCUGUCGCUGGUGGUGUUUCAGCAACUCCUGACUACACAGCUCCCCGCAACUUCCACGUCCACACCUAUGCUCGGUAAGUUCUUUACCGCCACCAUUGUCCUGGUCACCAUCUCGCUGCUCAUCACCAUCCUGGUCCUCCGGUUGUCCCAUCCCAGCCACCCAUCCCGACCGCUUCCCCGCUGGCUCCGCAGGCUCGUACUCCACUACAUGGCAUCUUUCUUCUGUAUGUGCAACAUUGCCAAUGACAUUCACGCUAAAAAGCGGUCAACCCCCAAAACACCACAGGACGGCAACAACGACUGGUCAGAUGACGACACAGGUAUGAAUGACAUUGUUCUUGGCAGCCGACAUCAGAUUACCAUAGACGACCAAAAGCAUCGAUCAACACUUAAAACGAUCUCAUCAAAAGUGGAGAAUAUCUCUGACUAUCUGCAGGGAAAGGAGAAUGAUGAUGAGGAAGAAAGCGAAUGGAAGAUGGCGGCCCUCGUACUGGACAGAGCUGCAAUGUUAGCGACCGCCAUUGCCUCUGUGGUCAUCAGUCUAGUGUUUCUUUUGUAGAACAAACCACUUGGUUCUUUCGGAUUGACGUAGAACUACCCAGGAGGGGUGGUAGGCAGCCUUAUGAAUGGCUUUAAGGCUAGAUCUUGUUACCAUUCAUAAAUCUAUUCCCCCCUCCUGUAACACUAUACAUAAACUGCUGGUACAGACUUUGUGUAGAAAGUUUUUAUAGCAGUGGCAUAAUUUCACUUUGGGAAUAUUGCAAAUGUAAAUGUUAACAAGAGGUCACAAAACACAUAAACAAUAUCACCCCAAAGACCCUGCAGACGUAAAGGUCUUUAUCACCUGCCUUUAAAGACCAUAAAGGGACAUCUUACUCUCCUACUGUGUGCCUCUGUGUAGAUAUUACCUUUGCCAACUGUUCGCACAAUACGUGUGUGUGUGUUGGGGAGGGGGGCUGGGGCAAGGAGAGGUGUUGAGCUAGAUGUAGUUGAAUAAUGGAUCAUCAGGUUUGGAACACUUUUCUUGUUCAAUGUACCGUUUCUUGUAAUAUGCAACAUUGCAGAAUGCAAAUGGGAAAACAGUGUUCCUACUACAUUUUAAAUAUAGCAAUAUCAUACAACAGUGCUUUUCAGUAAAAUGUAUUCCUUAUUCACAGUAAAGACUAAUUGCACAAAAUGGGUUGUCAAAUCUACUGGAACAUUUUUAUUAGAAUAGCAUGGAAAAGUGACAAAGGGAUGGACUUCCUAAGAUGUCUGUCCUGGCUGGUUAUAAAAGAAUGGUAUCUGUGUGAUGAUCAAACUAGAAAAAUGACAGUGAACUCUUUACAAAUGUAUGCCUUUUGUAAGUUGCUGAUGUAAUUGGGUACUUUAAAGGGAUUGACAUUUGGGAAUGCUUCACAACAUUUCUCCUUCUUAAUAAUAAUGGCUAAAGCUGCACAUAAGGUUAUAAUACUGUAGUAUUUCCAUCUCCACUUGACAUCUAAAAGUUUUGCAACAAUGCUACAAUUGGAAUGUACAUGAAGUGAGGGAUAUAGAAGGAUAUAAUUCCAAAACAUCGUACAUCGUCCUUCUGACUCAACUUGAUCAGAAGUGUCAUCUUUCUGUACAUCAGGUUUCGAUAUUACCUUAUCAGUAAAUACUACACACAAGUGGAAUCAAAUUUCUCAUAAAUGUAGGCUCCACUGUGAGGUGAAGAGCACCAAUAUCAUGGCUUACUGUAAUUCUAUAAAUAGGCAUUACUACUACUGUAUGAUCAAUCAACACAGUUCCUCCAUUUUGACUCAAGAUCUGUCAACAUCCAAUAUGCCCCAAUUAACACCAACUUUAGAAUACUUGUAAUGGUAAUCAUGUCGCUAUUAUAUUGUACAAUAUACAAUCUGGCAUCUAUAUACUUUCACAGGCUAACAUACAUGUGAACAAUCAAGUACAUUUUUCGGCGCAAUGGCAAGACAAGUAGUGAUAUAUGUGUAUAUAGAUAGGUAUAUAUAUAUAAUAAAUGUAUAAUAUAUACAUACAAACAUUUUGCUACAGCGAAUGCCAGAGUAGAAAUUACGUAUAUAAAGUUUGUUUCAGAAUACAAAUUUCGUGAUAUCUAAAAUGCAGCUAAUGUUGGCUUUACGCUGUCGUACACACACACACACACAUAUAUAAUUAUAUAUAUAUAUUAGAUGUUGCUGGACAGACAGUUCCAUCACAAAAUCAUCACAGCUCAAUAUCCCUUCAAAGACAGACUCAUAAAUGCACAACCUUUAGUUUGAUUGCUGCUCACUAAGACUAAGAACUACAUCUGUCAAAUCUCCUGGCAUUGUUAAGGGGUUUGUACAGAUGAUCUAUGCAUCAAGAUAUCUAUAAUGUACAUAGGCAACUCACAAGUGAUUUUUGGGAGACAACAAAAAUCACAAAACACCAAGUCACAUCUGCAAGACAAACCAACACACGCAUACUGUCUGCUCAAAACUGUAAACAAGACUAUCUUUCCAACUGAGUCCUUUUCCAGGAGAAAAUCCUUGCUACUACAUGUAUGCAAGGAAUGUUCUGCAUGGUUUUCUUAGGUGGAGACUUUGAAAGCAUCAAAGGGUAGUAGAUAGGAAAUGUUAUCUACUGUUAAAGUGAGGCAUACUGUGCUUUAUACAGUAGUCUGCUAUGAGGUUGAGUCAGAAAGCAAUACCAUAAGAGUCAUAGUUUCAUUUUUGUAUGAAAUGAUUUAAGUUUGUCAGAACCAAACAACAGUGCAAGAAAGGUUCAUGUAGCAGUUAACAGUUAUUUCCUUGACCUACUUAUAUCUAUUGUAGGAUACUGAAACUGUACAAGUAUGAAAAUGUACUUUUCUGUAAGUGUAAGCCACAUCCAAUCAGUUUUGUUAUUUUUCGUUGCCAGAGUGGAGGUCUAAACUGAAUUCAGAGUGGCCAUCUGUGUCCUGAGUAUGUGUUAUGAUGAUGGUCUGUGAAGAAAUCAACUCAAUCUCUCAUGAAAAUAUGAACAAAUUAAAAGUAUUUCAGUUCUACUAAUUUUGUACCAAAAUGAACCUACUAUGAGACCAAUGGCAUUACUUUCUGACUCUUCCCCGUACAUCAUAAAUUUGAUUCUUAAAGGAUGCUGCUCAUUGAGAAACAUCAGAUUUUUACUUGUGUCUCAUUUGACCUCUACUUCUAUCUUCACUGAAGCUACAUAUUAGCUGCACUAUACACUCAAAGAGAACAACCUUCAAUAUCACCAUAUCACUUACUGUUGGUCUGGUCAUGCUAUAAAACCAGUUACUGCACUUUGGAAUGUAAUGAAGUAUGCAUUGUACAAACAUAUCAUAUUAAAAAAUAAUAAAUAAAUUGGAAUCGUCAAAUUGGUAGAGCAUAUGUUACUGCCAGGGGACUGAUUUGUACUCUGGCUUAAAAUAACAUAAGAUGGUAGAUGGAACCAAUAUCAAUGUCGUCUCAGGGUUUAAGAUCAGGCAUCACCUACUUGAUUGGUACAUUCUCUGGGACCCCAAAUCUGAUGAGAAAAAUGGGAAAUUUGUCUGACUGCAUUGCAAUGUGACAGUUUCAAAUAUUUGUGCUCAUUCCCAGAUACGUUUAUGACAAUCACACAUUUUUGUCUCAUUUGGCAGUAAAUUUGACAAGGGGCUUAUAGCCUCUUAAUUUACAGCUACUAAAUAAUGGAAUUAAUAAGUGUUACUUUUCACUGCUCUUAAGUUGUACAACAAAAUACAUGUCAGAAUCCAUGCUGUAAGGCCUCAAGAACAGCAAACUACAGGAACAAAUACAGCCAAAGGCAAUUCAAUUCAGUGUCCUGAUAGCAAAGAU